AGUUGACGUGUACAAGUCAAUCGCUAUAUAUAUAUAUACACCAUCAACAAAUUAGAAUAAUCAAUCACAAUGAAGUCAAAAUAUUAUUACAUAAUAUUUAUAUUUUUAUUAAUUUUAACAUCUAUUACUUUGGAUAUUUUAUAUACAAAAAUAAUCACGUUUUGUGUUAUUACAAGUUUAGUUGUUUUCUAUCUUGUUUGUGCGACGAUUAUUCCAUUUUUUAUUCGUUAUUCACGUUCAGUACAAAAACAAAUAGUUUUUCUCAAUAAAAUUCCUUUUCCAAUAAAUAUUGACCUGAAGAAGCCAGAGACACUUGGUAUUAAUGGAGCUAGAAAUUUUUAUUUACAUACCAAUGAAAAUGUUAAAGUUGGAGUUUGGCAACUUUUACCUCAAUUAUAUUUAAAUGAAAAUAAAAUUAUUGAUGAUGAUUAUUUUGAUAAUGUAUUGAGUAACACAAGUAUUCCAAUAAUUGUAUAUUUGCAUGGUAUAUUUUCAAAUCGAGCACUUGAUCAUAGAAUUGGAUUGUAUAAAUUAUUACAAAAAAUGAAUUACCAUGUUAUUACAUUUGAUUAUCGUUGUUUUGGUGACAGUGAUUGUGCUGAUCUAAGUGAAAUUGGAGUUGUUGAAGAUAGUCAAUAUGUUUUACAAUGGAUUAUGGAAAAAGUAAAAAAUAAUUCAACUCCAAUAUUUGUCUGGGGCCAUUCACUUGGAUCUGGAAUAUCACUUCAUACAUUGGCUCAACUUACUGCUAAAAAUAUACAUAUUUCCGGUCUUUUUUUGGAAUCACCAUUUACUAAUAUUGCUGAUGUAUAUAGAGGAACAAUUUUUUAUAAAUUAUUUAGCUUUUUACCAUGGUUUUAUUGGUCAGUUAUUGAACCAGUUGAUAAACAAAAUUUAAAAUUUCAGUCUGAUAAAUAUAUCGGAGUUAUUAAGUGUCCAAUUAUUGUAAUACAUGCUGAAGAUGAUGAAAUUGUACCUUUUAAACUUGGUGAAAAGCUGUACAACACGGGCUUGCAGUUGCAUGGAAUGAGUACAAAUAACUUGCAAAUGAUCAGUAUAAAAAGUACAUUCAAUUGUGGCCAUAAAAAUAUUUAUAAAUACGAAAAAUUACCUGAAAUAAUUGAAAAUUUUAUAACCAAAUGUUCGCCUGCAGUCAAAUUAGAUAAAUAAAAUCAACAACAAAUCCGCAAUUUACUCAAGUUUAAAAAAAAAAAAAAAUGAAUGAAA